AUGGAGAGACGUGCAAUAGCAGGAACAACUUUCACCGAAGGAAAUGAUGGUACAGUGAACAUUUCAGGACCAUCAGGAAGUACAACCGUCCCAGAAGUCAACUUUGUGGAAGACCCAAACAAUGUACUUCCAGAUGUGCUAGAUGCAUUCAACGAAUCAUUUGACGCUGACUGGGAUGAAAUAGAAGCCCGCCUAGAGAAACUGAAAAAGUUCUCAGAAGACAGGCUCACAGCAAAUAAAAAGAGAGAUUUUGAAAAUUAA